AUGGGGGCUCCUCCUGCACAGCUGGUGCUGCUCCGAGAGGUCGUGGGAGCAGGCCUGCCUGAUGAUGCACUGGCAUCGGCAUGGCAGCGGUCAGGUGGUGAUCUAGCUGCAGCAGUGAAUCUUCUCCUCGAUGCACCCGCAACGGCGCCGGCGCGGCCCUGCAAGACCAUAGAGAUUGAGCUAGAUGACUCGGAUGGCGAGGACCUGCUGGCAAAGCCAGUCGAGGGCAAAGUGCAGGUGCAGCCGCCAGCAGCAUCAGCAGCAGCAGCAGCAGCAGCAGCAUCAGAGGCACAAGCAGUUGCGCAAGUGCCAAGUGCUAGCAGCGGCAGCCGGGCCCGGGGUAGCUUCCUGGGCCUGAUGAAGGCGAAGCCAGAAGCGAGUGACCCCCCACCGAAGAAGCGCCGGACCUCCGGACCCCGCAGCUCGGAGGCUUCGGCAAAGCCCGCAACCCGCAGCCGCACUUGCAACAUCGAGUGGUCCAUGGCUUUGGGCAGUGUCCAAUUUAAAGCGUGGAGCACGGUCCGGCUUGGGGCAGAGCAGCGCUUCCCAACAGGGGAUGCCGACGGCAGCUACGGACCGCUCCUGUGCCCGGGGCGGCGACUGGAGCUGAGGUGGGCCGUUGAGGCCAAGAAGUCACGGGCCCGACCUGGCACAGCUUCGUCACAGGUGGGUGCAGAGACAGGAACUAUCCGCUUCGAUGCUUGUGGUCAAGAGGUGGGCCGUUUCUCAGCGGACGCGAACAAGACUUUGGUUCCACUCCUCGCCCGGCGGCUCAUCGAUGUGGAGGCGGUGGUUGGCCGGGAUCCACCCCGAGCUCUGGACUUGGGCACCGACCUGCCUGUCGUGGUGCGCGUGUCUUUGCGGUCUGUUGCCUUGCGAACUCCGGGGCAGAGCACCAGCACCGUCACUGCCCAGACUGGCCAGCCCCUGGAAGCAGAGAAUGCCAAAAGCAAGUCCAAGGGACAGAAUCAGAAAGCAGUGCACAAAGAAGAGGCUGACAAAGAAAUUCAGCGUACGUCCACAAGCAUGUUAUUGGACAAGUUGAAAUUGCCUUGCCGUCGGCAUGCUGCCUUCGAGGGCGACGUGAUGGUCAAUGCGGCGGAUGAGCCUCCGCCCAAAGCCGAAGGAGGCAUGGAGGAGGAGCCGGAGGAGGAAGAGGAGAUGUCCAGAGUUGCGGCAGCUCAGCUAGGCAGAAGUGACCAGCUUGAGCGACAUGAUCUGCCCGGGAUCGUCUUGCCAAGUGGCAUUUUUGAGACGAGGCUGAGACCAUACCAGGCUCAGGCAGUGUUCUGGAUGUGGCAAAGGGAGAACCCCACAUCGUCCCUGCCGUCGUGCUUCAAGAAUCCUGAUCCGCACAGAGACGAAGAGGUUGAGGCCUGUGCGAGUCCAAAAGCGUCGCAAGCCGCACAGGAGCCGCCACAUGAAAGGCAGCUGCAUCCCAUGUGGGAUGAGUAUGAGCUGCCAGAGGAGACAGGUCCGUUGCCCGGAGGCAAGGAGUCAACGCGCUACCUGUACUACCAUCGCACAACCGGCGCCUUGUCGCUCGACUUUCCAGAUGCGGCUCUGGCGCAUUGCCGUGGGGGCAUACUGGCCGAUGACAUGGGUUUGGGCAAGACCGUUAUGUGUCUAGCACUGACCGCGCUGGAUUAUGGCCCCUCCAGCUUGCCAACAGCUCGGAAGGCUGCGCCGGAGCUUCGAAUGCUGGAGGAAGCAGAUGCUUCGUCUAACCAGAAGAACGCCUUCUUUCAGGGGCAAGAUGCGGGCGGCGUUGGUGGUGUUCUGGUUGUAGCGCCGCUCUCGCUGAUUCGGCAGUGGUUCUCGGAGGCUCAGAAGCACUUCUUCGAUUCAGCCGUCCCAUCGAUCCAUGAGUUCCAUGGUUCAGGCAAGAACAUCUCCUUGGAUCAGCUGCGAAACACCGGGAUCGUUUUGACCACCUACAAUACGUUGGCCUCCCAACCACAAGAUUCAUUGCUUUUCCAGGUGUACUGGAGGAGAAUCAUCCUCGAUGAGGCCCAUAGCAUCAAGAACCGUUGCAGCAGGCAAGCACAGGCGGCUUUCCAGCUGCGAGGCUUCUGCAGAUGGUGUGUCACAGGCACGCCUCUUCAGAACAGUGUAGAGGAGCUCUACUCCACGGUACGGUUCUUGCGUGUGGAGCCUUGGUGCGCAUGGCCGUGCUGGCGCAAAGCUGUUGCGAUACCUCUGGAGCGUGGGCGCCACGGUGAUCCCGAUGCCAUGACACAGGCACUGGACACUGCUCGGCGCAUUGUGACACCGUUGAUUCUGCGACGGACGAAAUCCACUGUUAACCCGCAAACGGGAGAGCCACUGCUGAAGCUGCCCAUGAAGCAUGUUCAUGUACAGCACUUGGAGCUCUCGCCAGCGGAGAGGGACUUCUACGACACUCUGUGGCGGAAGGCGAAGACGGAGUUUGACACCUUCGUGGAGAAGGGAGAGGUGCUUUCGAAGUAUACCCACAUCCUCCAGUUGAUCGGGAAGUUGCGGCAGGCCCUUUGCCACCCGUUCCUGGUGUUUGCAAGGGCAGGAAGCAAGGACGAGGACAUGGAGUCGUUGGAGAGGCGGUACCUCGCGGAGGUCAGUGGGGAAGAAGUCUCUGAGGCCUACGUGGCAACUCUCCUCCAGGAGAUUCGAAAUGGGGAGCACAAUGACUGUGCAAUUUGCUACGACACACCGCAAGAUCCGACCUUGACGCCAUGCGGCCACAUCUUCUGUCGCGAGUGUUGCUACAAGAUCAUCAAGCAGUGCCAUGGGGAAUGUCCUGUCUGCAGAAAGCCCGGCAUUACCAGGAAGUCUCUAAAAGUGUUGCCUGGGGCAUCCAGCAUCCCUGCGCACCUCCUUGCAAAGGCUUCGGCUUCCGAGAGCACAAACGCGGAACCAACCGGAAUCCACAGCACGAAGAUGAAAGAGCUGCUGAAGUUGCUGCACACGGACAUGGCCGAAGGUCAUCGCGCAGUGGUCUUCUCGCAAUGGACAUCUUUCUUGGAGCUCAUUGAGCGGGCCUUGGAUACCGCACGGAUCCAGCACAGGCGAUUCGAUGGGUCAUUGAGUUUAGAGGAACGUGCUCAGCGCGUCGCGUGGCUGAGCGAGCCUGCAGUGACAGGCAAUGGAGCGCGAGUGCUUUUGGCAGGUUUAAAGUCUGGAGGAACUGGUCUCAACUUGGUUGCAGCCUCCCGGCUCUACUUGCUGGAUCUUUGGUGGAACCCUGCUGUCGAGGAGCAAGCCAUCCAGCGAGUGCAUCGAAUUGGCCAGAAACAAGAAGUUCACAUCUACAAGUUCGUCGUGGAGGACACCAUCGACUGCGACUUGCUGCAGCUUCACCGUGCCAAAGAGCGCCUGCUGGAAGACGCACUCAGUGGAGGCAAAAACCACGAAGUGGCUACCCGGCUCACGAUGGACGACCUAAAGCGUCUGUUCAACCCGUGCCGGUCUCUUCGAACCGGAGGCUCUUCCGCUCCAGCUGAAGUCAAGGCUUUGGCCCUGAGCUCUCCUGCGGCUGCGCUGCCCCCGGCGCAGGAGCAGUCAUUGGCGGAACCAACGCAGCAAGUCCAAGAUGUGCUGAUGACUCCAGCAGAAAGGGGCUCCGCGGAAGCCCUGCCGCAGGACCAGACCCAGCCAGAGCAAGGCGACCUUGCGCGCCACGUGCCAGGGAGUGCAGAGGAGCAGGUCCGGGGCAGUGGCUCGACCCUUCCUCGAUCAGGCUUUCUCCCGGCAACAUUUGAGGACCCUGCGCCGCCUUUGCCACCUCCGGCAAGGCCUCCGCCAGACGCUCUGGAGCCCGUGCAGGGAGUGCAGGCAGCUGUGACAGCCGAGGCGGAAGCCUUUGAUGCUGAUAUGCCUCAAGCAGACGCAGCUGCGGCAGAAGUGGGUCCUCAGACUAGUAUAUUCUCAGCUGCGAAGGCUCCGCCGAUCCAAGAGCAGAAUGAUGAGAGCAUGCUGCAGGCUGUGGAGCCCCAUUCCGUGCCUAUGCUGCUUCCGGAUUGGGAGGCUGCUGGAGACGCUCUGGGUGAAGGCUUGGGAGCUUUGUCCGGAGGAUGUGGUGGGCUGGACGAGGAUGACAUUUCGGACAGCGAGCUGCUGGCUGCCUGCCAUGCAGCAGAGGAGCAGCUGCGGAACGAUGCCGACACGCAGGAAGAGCUUGAGGCCAAGCAUGCGGAGGAGUCGAGCAAGUUCUUCAAAGAGAUUGAGCAUCUCAGAAGGGCAUUGACGAAGCUUCUGGAUGCAGCUUCUAUGCACAUGCCCGCCGUCUUCCUGCGCUCUCUGAAGGAGCAGCUCCAGUUGGAUGUGCGGUAUUUGACCAAGCCGGAAAAGGGUGAGGGCGGGAUUCUUCCGCCGGUGCCCAUGACCGAGAUCGUGGACCAGACAGAACUCAUCGAGUCCUUGCGAAGACGAAUCGCGGAGCUGGAGAAGGAGAAUGGCACGCAGAGCCGCACCAUCAGAGAUCUCGAGGAAGAGCUCAGAAAGGCACAGGAAGCUUUGCGGGCUGCAGGAGCGCCGGUCACCAGCCCUGUUCGCAAGCGACAGCUGCCGGCUUCCAAAGAGUGCCAGACCGAUCCCUGGGCGCCUUUUCCACAGAAGGGGCCAGAGGUUGUCCAGCCAGGUGAGCCCCGUCCGCAGCCUGUGCAACAAGUUGACCCAGGACCGAAGCCCAAGGCACCAAAGAAGAAAGGCCCUGUAGCUCAAGCAGAGAGCAGCAGCAGCGAAGAAGAGGUUGAACAGGUUAGCACCAAACCUGUCAAAAGAAAGCCAAAAAAAGAGGAAGGAGAGAAAAUCCGAGAGGUCGUCGACCAUGAUGCCAUCAAGAGACUACAAGCAGAACUGGAGCUCCUUCGUAUGAAACUGGCCGCGGCAGAACGAGAGCUUGCCAAGAUGGAGGGCCUGAAAGAGGAGAUUGAACGAUUGAAGCAGCUUCUUGCCGAACGUGAUGCACGAAUCGCGGAGUUGGAGGAAGAACUCCGAAAGCUGAAGGAGAAGCAAAAGCCAGCAAAAGCUGAAGGGAAGAAGGAGACCAAGAAGCCAACGGUGGUUGCGAAGGAGGAGCCAGAAAAGAAAAAAGAGAAGAAAUACAAGCAAGAUCCCGUGCCACCCCAAAGGGGUCCGGUAGCGGCCCCCAUCAGUGAGGCUCCAAAAGAAGAGGAAGCUCCGCCCCCUGUCGAGACGCCAGAGGAGGCACCUGAGGUGGUGUCGGAGUCUGAGGAGGAGAGCGUUGAAGAACCGCCACCUCCGAAGGUCUUCGAGGACAAGUGUGUCGGAAAUGGCCCAGGUAAGGGUUUGCAAGAUGAGCCGAUCGUCUGCAAGGGGCGCGGCCUGCAAAAGACGGAUGAAGAUCUCAACAAGACCGGGCGGUGUUACGAGCUGAAUCUGGUCGAGCAACCCAAGCUGGGUCUCAUGAAUUCCGGGAGCCUGGCCACCAUCGAUUUGGACGGAAGCCUGGCUCGGACUGGCAAAGGAGGACGUGCUGGUGGUGCUGGUGUGUACUCGGGAGGCAGUACGCUUUUGGGAGGCGUCCAGUUCGCCAGCUCUUGGGGCUCCAAGUCGGCCGGCCGCCUCCUGGCCAACACCUGGCCUGAUGCGGAGCCUUACUUGGCACAGGUGUGGGAGCAGCACCCGAAGGGUCAUAAAGCGCCAGUCAAGCGCGAGCUCAUCAAGCUUGGAGCUAUUUCUCCACACAAAGCGUCCACGACUAGUCUUCAAUCUGUCGAGUCUUUGGGUGGUUCUGGGCAGAAGUCUUUGGCGAGCGACGCCACGGUCAAGUUCGAGGUACUGGAAGCAGCAGCCUCUUCAUAG